AUGAUCGACGAUGUUUGUCAUUGCACAUCUUAUGAAAUUGAAUCGGAUACCAUUCUCGAUUAUGAUGACGAAGAAGAAUUUGGUGAUUUUGAAGAUGAAGAUACCGAUUCUGCUGAUGAAAGUGUUGAUCCUGGUUUUGAUGAGUCAGCAGAGGACAAGAAUAUGACGACCAGAGCGAAUUUCAGUCUCGAGUAUAUGAAAAAAGUUAUCGACUAUUAUGACGCCCGUGACUCAAAAGGAAGAAAAAAACACACUUGGAAGUCUACUCAAUAUCGGUUCAAAUCUGUUCUUCACCGACAGUAUAUUACUCGUUUUCGUCACUAUAUUGAACAACAUGGUACCAAACGAGAAAAGUUACAAAUCAUCGAUGAUUUUGUGUAUGACGUGUUUGAAGAAGCUCGAGAAAAUGUUUUACCUGUUCAUGAUAGAGAUUUAAAACGAUGGGCGCUACAAAAAGCUGCUGAUGACCCGAGUCUUGUAUUUAAGGCAUCCGAGCACUGGUUGCGAGUCUUCAAAUAUCGUUAUCUUAUUUGUUCCAGAAAAAUUACAAAAUUAGUAACUCGCCAUCAUGCAGAAGAUACUGAUGCUAUUAUUGAAUCUGCAGAUUCAUUCGUACGUGAUGUUAAACGGCAGAUGCAGAACUAUGCACAUGAAGAAAUUUUAAAUACCGAUCAGUUUGCAUUGGAGUUAGAGCUUCACUCCAAUAGAACGCUUUCGUAUGAGGGCGAAAAGGUUACUAUGGUACGUGGAAAAUCAAAAAAUGCUACGACGCAUUCUUACACAGUUCAACCGAUGAUAUCUGCUGCUGGAAAAUUGGUAGGUCCCCUUCUUCUUUUGUUUGAAGGAGCCAAAGAGCAAGAUGAGUGA